CAAUUUUGUCCACAUUGCGUUAUAAUUGUGUGAAUAUUAUUACAAUGUUGAGCGAGACCGUACUAUACUUUAAUUCUAAGGUCGCUAUUAUAGAGAGUAUAGAUUGUGCGCCGGGGGAACGACAGUGACGCAACGAUGCGCUCGAGUUCCCCCACGUGAUCACUAUAAGCUACACGAAGCAUGGUCGUUUCUCCGUGAACACUGUAUGUUUACUCGUUUACCUCUGCAACGUUCUUGCGGCGCGUGGCUUAUUUUAGGCCUUUAUUCGAUCGUUAUUGAGUGUGUUGAGUAUUAAAUUUGUGUUCGGUACGGCUUCUAUACAGUAGCUUUCCUUAUUUUUCUUGACUUGUCCUGUCGUAUAUGCUGUGCCAGUUUUAUAAACAGAGAAACGAGGAUAUUAACCUCUCGCAGCAAAGAAUAUAUCGUAGGUUUUACAGACGGCAAGUUCUUCAUACGCAAACGUUAUAUUGACUGUCACGUUCACAAAAACGUUAUUUGAAUUGAAAUAGAUUUUGUCACCAAUUAUUUUCUUCUGAAGUAAAAUACGGAAUCAUGCUUAAAUUAAAGAAACAAAAAUUUUAUAGUCGUCGGCAUCGAGGCCGACUUAUAAAAGAAAUGUUACAGGACAUUGAACUUGGUGGUAACUAUAAAGAAUCAGAAAAUUUAUCUGAAACGAGAAUGUCAGAGUGUGACAAUAAUAGUAAUGAUAGACAGUUGCAAAUAAACGAAGACAUUCCGUUCAAUUACAAUAAAGCUUGUAAUCGGUCAAUACAAGAGGAAGUAGAACAAGAAAUAGAAGAAGAGCAACAAGAAGUAGAAGAAGAGCAACAAGAAGUAGAAGAAGAGCAACAAGAAGUAGAAGAAGAGCAACAAGAAGUAGAAGAAGAGCAACAAGAAGUAGAAGAAGAGCAGGAUAUGGAACAAGAAGAAGAAACAAUCUUACCGAACGAAUACGAUAGCGAAGAUUCAAUGGAAUCGGAACGCGAUGUUGAUAACGAAAUAAAUAUUGGUAGAUUGCAGACAAAUCUAGUGCAAUGGAAUCAUGCAAACAAUAUAUGUAUAUCUGCCGUAACUAAUCUUUUACACGUAUUAAGAACCAAAAAUUGUAUGAAGAGCUUUCCACAAAAUUGUCGAACACUUUUAAAAACACCUAGAAAAUCGGAAGUUAUUCAAAUGGAACAUGGACUGUACUGUCAUUUUGGAAUAGAAAAGGGCUUGCAGCAUAUAAUUGAACUCAAUGAUGGCCUCAGGUGUCUACCAGAAGAAGUACAUUUAUCUGUUAAUAUAGAUGGACUACCUCUUGCUAAAAGUUCCAAGAGCCAACUAUGGCCUAUUCUUGGGAGUUUUAGAAAUUUUAUAAAUAAGAGACCAUUUUUAAUUGGAGCCUUUCACGGGUAUGGGAAACCACCAGGCAUUGAAUUAUAUUUACGAAUGUUUAUCGAAAAAGCUGAAAACCUAAUUCAAAAUGGCUUUACUUAUGCUGGCAGGAACAUUCCAUUCAUAAUUGAUUGCUUCAUAUGUGACGCUCCUGCGAGAGCUUAUGUUUGCUCUAUAAAAAGCCAUAGCGGAUUUUAUGGGUAUCCAAAAUGUGAGACUAAAGGUAUCUAUCAAGGAAAAGUAGUAUUUCCAGAAAUGAAUGCUUCGUUGCGUACCAAAGAAUCAUUUAUCAAUCAAACCCAAAUUGAACACCAUACUGGAGUAAGUCCCUUGUUAAAACUUAACAUAGAUAUGAUUUCCCAAUUCCCCCACGAUUAUAUGCAUUUGGUACUACUGGGACAAGUGAAAAAAAUGCUGAAAUUAAUGACCGGAAAAUUAAAUCCAAUGAAACUGGGAACACAACAAGUUCUCGAGAUUUCACGUAGACAACUUGCAUUAAGAACACACAUUCCAUUAGAAUUUGCUCGAAAACCCAGAGCAUUAGAUGAGCUUGAUCGAAUGAAGGCAACCGAAUAUAGAGAAUUUCUCUUGUAUACUGGACUAAUAGUUCUUCGUAAAGUCGUAAAACAGGACAUAUAUGAGCAUUUUCUUAAAUUAUCAAUAGCUAUACGUAUCUUAGCAACUCCUGAAAUAGAUGUAGAACAAAACAGGUACGCAAAAAAUUUAUUACAAGAGUAUUUUACCGACUUUUUAUUAUUGUAUGGAAUAAACAAUGCUACAUAUAAUACACAUGGAUUGUUACAUCUGGCUGAUGAUGCUUUACAAUGGGGAGCAUUAGACAAAUUUUCCGCAUUUAUUUUCGAAAACUACUUGCAAGAAAUCAAGGAAAUUGUGAGAAAAAGUGAUAAACCUCUUCAGCAAAUAAGUAACAGAGUUUCUGAAUUAAGAAGAAAUUGUGUUACCGUUGAAAUUAUCGAUCGCAUUAAUACCUAUAAAUUAAGGAGAGAAUGUUACAAUGGACUCUUGAUAAAUGAUUGCAGACCGCUGAUGUAUACAAAGAUUCAAUUCCAACAUUUUACAAUUACUACAAAAGCUCCUAAUAACUGCUGCAUAAUGAAAGAUGAUAGUAUUGUUAUGGUAGAAAAUAUUUGCCAUCGUAAUAAUAGUAUUGUCAUUAUUGGCAAACUUGCGAAAAAUGGAAAAUCGUUUUUUAAUUCUCCAGCACCAUCGACUUGCUUCGGAAUAGUAUUCGGAAUAGUACAAUUUCCUGGCGAAUACAGUUCUUUGAGAUCGUUUCCAAUUGAAAAUAUAAAAAAUAAAGGCGUCGUUCUUCCUAUUUUUGAACAUCGCCACAACAAUAUCGUAAUAUUUCCAUUGAUACACAGUAAUUAUCUAUUAAUUAUUUAAAUAUUUCACUAUAUACAUAGAUGUCUUCACGAUUUUGCAUUGUCCAUUUUAUGGGAGAAAACACUGUAGAAGUUGUGCCAGAUUUUUGGAUUUGUACAUCAAUGGAUACAUGUUGCUGGCCCAAUACUACUUUCCCCAAGAAAAAUGUUGUUCGUAGAACACUUCCCAAUAAACAUUGGAAGAUCUACAAGUGCAGAGUCCUCAGCACGUUUGACGAUUUCGAUACAGCUCAGUCAAAUUUGAAAGACGCCGAAAUUUCAUCGGAUUUUCCAUCAAAAAAUGUAAAAGCUUUGGGAAAACGAUUAUCUAAACGUAAUCGCAAAUAUUAUAGUAACAGCAAUUCAUCAGAUGAAACAGAGAGCUGUACAAAGAAAAAGGCAACAUUCCUGCACAAUGCAUCGAAGCCAAACUUCACAAGUACAAGUGCUACAAGUAAUUCGUCAAACGAUGAAAAAGAAAAGGAAAAUACUUCCGAAAAAACCAAACGUACAGUUACCUAAAGCCUUCGCAGUUACCAACGAAAAAGUUGUAAAUGCAAAUUGUGAGGCUCCUAGAAAAAAGAUUACUUUUUCAGCCACGAAGUCACCACAAAACUACCGCAAUAGCGUUACAGAUGAUGCACAACCAGGAUGCAGCAAGAAUAUGUAUCAAGAAGAACAAAGAAUAAUAUCCUCAAUUCCUCGCAAAGAAACAUUACUAACAACAUCAAA